UAUUGUGGAGAUUGGAAGUGAUUAUCUUAUGUGCGCAUGCUUACCACGUCAACCAGCUGAUAAAGAGUACAACAGGCCUAAAACACCGGCAAAUUCUGCUGAGUCGAACGCGAACAAGCUGUCAUCCUUGAAACAACGGUGUACUGCAAUGGUUCGUAGGAUAAUUUGCGUUUUUCUUCUGCUUUCAUUCUUUUCAACGCUGCAUGGGUUGGAAAAUAACGACCACGAUGCUGAAGUAGAACACGGACAUUCCCACGAACAUCACCCGCAUGGACAUAGCCAUGAUCAUGGCCACGGUCACAGCCACGAUCAUCACGGCCACAGCCAUGACCAUUAUGAAAAGCAAAAGUACGUUCACCAUGGAACGAGUUCUUCUUCUAAGCUACCAUCCCGCGAUGGAAACUUGACAACCAAAUGGCUUCAAGCAAUUGGUGCUACGUUACUCAUCAGCGCGGCACCUUUUUUCAUCCUGUUCUUUAUCCCCCUGCAAAGUAACUCAGCCGAACAACAACCGCUGUUGAAGGUCCUUCUAGCCUUUGCUUCAGGAGGCCUUCUGGGAGAUGCUUUUCUUCAUUUGAUCCCCCAUGCGAUUUCUCCGCACUCACACGGAAGCGGUGAUGGCCACGAGCAUUCUCAUUCUCAUCAACACAGCCAUGACGGCGAGCAUCAUCAUGACCACUCUUCAGAAAUGGCUGUCGGUCUCUGGGUUUUAGCUGGUUUGAUUGCCUUUUUGAUGGUUGAGAAAUUUGUUCGGCUUGUGAAGGGAGGGCAUGGACACUCGCAUGGUGCCCCGAAAAUUGUAGCUAAAAACGGUGAUGUGUCUCCGAAGAACGGACAUGAACAUGAGAACUCCUAACCAGAAGAGACUGAUCAAGAAAUACGGAAGAGAAAGAAGACAGACGAGGCAUCAGAGAAGGAAAAUAAAUCAGAAAGUGCCUCAGAACCACGUGAUCAUGAAGAGGAUAUCAAAGUGGCUGGCUACCUCAAUCUUGCUGCUGAUUUUACCCAUAAUUUCACUGAUGGACUAGCCAUAGGAGCAUCUUUUCUUGUGAGCCGUAAUCUUGGCAUUAUAACCACUCUAACAAUUCUUCUUCAUGAAGUUCCUCAUGAGAUUGGAGAUUUUGCUAUUCUGGUACAGUCAGGAUGCAACAAGAGAAAGGCAAUGUUUCUUCAACUGACAACAGCCACAGGAGCAUUAGCUGGUACAUUCUGUGGCCUAUUAGCAGAAAACAUAGGUGAAUCUGCAACACUGUGGAUCCUGCCCUUCACCGCUGGUGGUUUCAUUUACAUUGCAACAGUGUCUGUUAUCCCUGAAUUGUUAGAAGACACUAAACUGGGACAAUCCAUCAAAGAAAUUCUUGGAAUGUUGGUGGGAGUUUUAAUGAUGGUGCUUAUUGCUAGAUUCGAGUAAUUCCUAGUAGAAUAUUUUAAGUUUUAAAGAUAUAUAGGUAAAUCCUUCACUGUAAGUUAAGAUGGUUUCUUUUAGACUUCAAGUUUGGGAUGGCUGACUUACAGAACACAAGGGGGUACAAUCUGACAUCAGCAGACAUAUUUUAAUAAUUAUUUACUAUCUGAUGGUUAAAAAUUCACCCCUAGAAGUUAAAGUUGUUUUUUUUUACCCCAGAAAAUAAUUCCAUAUCAUCUCACUAUUUGCAAUGUGAGUAAAAUAUCAGCCUGCAGAACAGAUAUAAUUUUUUUGCAUUUUUUCAGUCAAGCAGAGGCAAGCACACAGAAGGAGUCAUGUGCAAGGGAGGUAGUGCAAAAUCAGUUCCCUUGGGGCCUUUGCCUUCAGUCACCUGAAGAGCAUUAAAAAAUUAUGCCUGUUCUGUGGACUAGUAAAAUGUUGGCUUUGAAAAUGCUAACAUUUGCCCAGUAUGGGCUUCCAAAUAACUCUAGAGAUGUACAGGACUUUGGAAAAUCCUGAUAUCUCAUAAUUUUAGAGUAAAAAAAUAAAGAUUGAACUUAAAAACAAGUCCAUUUUUUCCAAUGUCAUCACCUAUCGUAAGUCAUGUUUCUAAAAGUUAUUCCAAUUCCAAAUGAAUUUCCCCACCUGAUGACGUCAGUUUAGCUUCGAUAUCUAGGGAGGAGCAAAAGUGUUUUUGAGGAUUUUUAAUAGGGGCUAUAUAACAGUCUUACUCGCUAAUGUCUCAUGCUGCUUGAAGAUAAAAAUAAUUUAAAGUUCGGGAUAUGUGCAUUUGACUGCAAGACUCUUCCAUAUCCAGGUUCCUGAUUUUUCAGCAGUGUGUGUUUAAGUUGCCCAUACUUGGAGGGAAGAUUCAUUUAUAACAAGAAUUUACAGCAGACAUGUUGAAAAACAUGAAUUGGUGGUAUCUAGCUCUAAUUAUGUUUCAAUUCAAAAGGUUUAUUUUAUGUGCCUUUUGUUUCUACAACUGUCAUCAUAGUGUUGGUUAUUGUGCAGUUCUGUAUUUGAAUCAAAGUGAUCCAAAAAUUC